AUGAAGUGGCCAGAACGUCACAGGCGACCGCGGACCCGGGAUCCGAGGAUUGCGUGGGUGUCCGCGGCGCCCCCUGGGGGCCCAGGAUCCUCCAGGAGACGCUGGGCGCGCGCGGAGGGAGCAUGGCCGGCUGGCGCAUCCUCGCGGCCCUACCGGGACCUCUGGGAGCCCCCGCCUCCCCGCCAAGGGCGCGCGUCUCCUGCGCUGCUGGGCGAGCCUGGGCGGGGAGCCGAGCCGGCCCUGUGCUCCUGGGCGGGGACUCCCGGCGGGGGCAGCGAGGCUGAGGCGCCCCAGCUCUCUUCGCCCACCCCACCGCCUCGCCGGCGCAGGUACACCUCCUCGCCCCGGGAAAGCCACAGCCUGAUCGAUGUGGCCCGGAGGCUCCCAGUGCGCGCCAGGAAGCACAGGCCCCGCAGCUGGCGCCUGGACGAUAACUGGGAGGAAACGAGGACCAAGCCUAGCCAGGCCUGGCUGCAGCUCCAACAGCCUGAACCCUGUUCACACUACCCUCUGGCCCAGAGGGAGUCUCCUCCGCCGCCCUACCCCGGGGGUGCUUACACUCCCCCAAGUGGAACUUUCGAGACAGAGAAGGCGCAGAGUGGAGACCAGUGGGCCACCCCCGUCUGUAGACAUCUAAGUCGCUGGUCCCCCUCCUCGGUUCCCACGGAGAAGUCUUCGGCGCCCUCCCAAGAGUUCAGGGCCCAGUCAGCCUGUGCGUACACCGGGAAGAGAGACAGUGAGCUCUUCGAGUCACCAGCCAGUCGGUACUCCCAGCGCUCGGCCUCCAGCAAAGAGAUGCAGAGCCAGCACAGCCAGAUCCUCAAGAACAAGCUGGAGGAGGCGGUGAUGAGCUCCAGGGAUCAGAAGAUCGUGGCCCUCGUACUGACCCGGCUCAAGAAGGUCCAGAGGAUGCGGGAGCUGCAGCAGCAGGCGGCUAUAGCCUGGGAGGAGCUGAAGCGCUCAGAUCAGAAGGUCCAGAUGACCCUGGAGAGGGAGCGCCGCCUGCUGCUGCAACAGAGCCAGGAGCAGUGGCAGCAGGAAAAGGGGCAGCCCAAGACUCGCCUGAACCGCGAGAAGCGCGGCCGGCGACGGGACAGCCGGGAGAAGAAUGUGGGCCCAAGGGAGAGCCGGUGGCGGACCCAAGUGGAGGACCAGGAGAACCAGCGCCAGGAGCAUCUGGAGAGCGCGAGCGCACAGGCGGAGCACCGCAAGCAGUGCCAGGUGCGCCGCCUGCAGGAGCAGGAGAGGGUUCUGCAGCGCCUGCGGGAGCAGAACAGCCUGCUGCUGCAGAAGCGGCUGGAGGAGGCCUGUCAUAAGAGGCACCUGCACGCCUCAGAGAGCCAGAGGAAGGUCCAGGAGACCAACCUGAGCUCCCUCGUCAACUACCAGGCCCGGAAGGUCCUCAUGGACUGCCAGGCCAAGGCCGAGGAGCUCCUCAGGCAGCUGUCCCUGGAGCAGAGAGCCCAGCGGUCCCAGGAGAUCCACCAGUGCCUGAUGAAGGAGCGGCACCGAGAGCUGAGGGAGAACGCCCAGAAGGAGGAAGCGCAGUUCCAGCGGGUCAGGUGGCGCGCCACUGAGACCGAGGAGCAGAGGAAGGCGCGCAAGAGGAUGCUGGUGGAGCUGGCGGACCAGAAGAUCCAGCAGGCUAGGAGUAACGUGCACAAGACCACCAGGGACAAGGCGCAGCAGCUCCGGGAGCUCAGCGUCCUGCGGGAGAAGAACCAUCACAUCCUGAAGCUGAAAGCAGAGAAAGAGGACAAAUGCCACAUCGAGGGCAUCAAGGAAGCCAUGAAGAAAGGGGGGCAGAGGACGGGUCAGCUCUCCCGAGGGAAAGAUCCAACCUCGGAGGAAUUCCCAAAGACCUCUAGGGCCUCCAGGAGAGACGCGAGAACGCAGCUCAACAGCUCCUUUGACCUCCUUGUACCAGAGGUCCAGCUUGGAGCCCUCCAGCAGAGAGGGGCCUACUGAGAACCCAAGGACGCACAGCACAGCCCCGGCAGCCAGAAAGAGAUGUGGCAGUGUGAUUCAUUUUAUAAUCUGAUUACAAUUGAGCAUGGUUUUCCAAAAAGUAUAUAAAAUAGCUGCAAUUUCCUCUCAUGAGCUAGUUU